AUGGCAAUUGUGAUGAUUAAGGAUUUAGUGGAUGAGUUGACUGAUGAAAAUCAAAGACUUUUCCAWGAAUUAAGAUAUUGUCAGCAAUUGAUUGAAUUGUUUGAUAAAUACAGACAUUUAGUGAAUAGUUUGCAAACAAAUUGUGUUUGUAUUGAAAACAAUGAAUUGAAAACACAAUUCAAUGAAUUGGAUGUCCAAUACUCGAGACUUAAGACACAACAGAAACAGAAAAAUCAAUCGAUAAAAAUCAAACUCAAGAAGAAGUCAGCGAAGAUUGAAGACAUUGAUUAUAUUAAAUGCAAUAAUAAUAAUAAUAAUAAUAACUUCAAUGAUAGCUAUGUUGACAACACAUCAUCUGUGGACACAUCAACUGAUACUUUGCUUAAGAAGAAUAUGAAGAAGAAGAAUAAGAUACAGAUUUAUAAUAAAAUUGAUUUUACAAAACAACUGACGGAAACACUGUCCACAAGUAUUGUCCAACACUUGGACUCUUCAGCUGUUGUCAAACAACUACAACAUAAUAAUAAUAAUUAUACAGAAAUUAUAGACAGAAAUUCAUGUCUAGCGAGUAGUUGUCGUCAAAUAACUGAUCCCUUAGAAGAAGAUGACAUAACUGUUAACAAACCGCUGAAGAAGAUGAAGAUAAAGAAGAAGAAGCGAUUAGUUGUUGUAUGCGAUUGGGAAGGAUGUGGCAAACAGUGUACAGAUAGCCAGUCAUUGACAGCCCAUAUACGGGUAAAUCAUACAAACGAACGGCCAUACAGUUGUCCGGAGUGUCCGAAAUCGUUUGCCAUCCGUCAGUAUCUGGAAAAUCAUAAACUCAAUGUACACACCAAUCAAACGGCUCAUCAUAAAUGUCCGUACGAUGGCUGUCCCGGUCGGUACAAAAAACGUGAAUCAUUGCGUUGGCAUAUCAAACGCCGACACGAAAACCCGGAUUCAUUGCGUUGCGAUAUUCAUGGAUGUGGUAAACAAUUUUCAACUGUCUAUGUAUURCAACGACACAAACAGUGCGCCCAUACGGACGACAGGCCCUAUCCGUGCGAAUGGCCCGGUUGUGACAAACGAUUCAAAAAACUACAAAUACUUCGCGUACAUCAGCAAAGUCAUACCGGCGAACGUAUCUACCGGUGCGAUGUCCAGGGCUGCCAUAAGUCAUACUUUACCUAUCGGGUACUAUUGCAUCAUCGUAACGCACAUACCCGACCGUAUCAGUGUUCGUGGCCGGCCUGCGACUAUCGGUGCGCAUCUAAUAUUGCACUCAAAGAGCAUAUGAAUGCCCAUCAGGGUCUCAGGCCCUAUGAAUGCCAUUUUCCUGACUGCGAUCACCGUUACUUAGUGAUUAAGGAUGUGUUGGAUGAGUUAAGUGAUGAAAAUCAAAGACUAUUUGAUGAAUUGAAAUAUUGUCAACAAUUGUCGGAAAUGUUUGAUAAAUACAGACAAUUGUUAAGCAUUUUUCAUCAGAAAUGUUGUUGUAUUGAAAACAAUGAAAACAAACAACAAUUAAAUGAAUUGGAAGUGAAUUAUAUGUUACUGAAGAACAAUAGGUCGUCGUCGUCGCCGAAGUUAUCGGCGAAAGACAUGACAACAAUAAGUCAGGACAACAACAACAAACUUAUCGGACAACACAACACAACAACAACCAAUGAUAGCAAACAUACCGACGAAUAUACCGCUUAUGGCCGCAAAAAAAACUUCAUUUGCGAUUAUAAUGGUUGCGGCAAACGGUUCCGACAGCGAGACUAUCUGUUGCAACACUUGCGUAUCAAACAUACCAAUGAACGGCCGUUUGUUUGCCAGGAUUGUGACAAACGAUUUCCGACCGGCCAGACCUUGAAAACGCACGUAACGAUUAGACAUCCGUCGGACACAGAGUUUCGGUGUCCGAUCAUCGGGUGUUCAUUUAGGACACGAGUUUUGCAGCGACUAUACGAACACAAUCAGUGGCACAAACGAAAAUCUGGUGCCAAACGGUUACGAAAGACAGAGAACAAGAAUAAGUUGACCACAAAUAAUACAAAUACAACUAAUAAUAAGUAUUCGUGCGAUUGGAUCGGCUGUGGAAAGUCAUUCUCCCAGAGAGGAAAUCUCGAGACACAUAUACGCAGCCAACACACCAAAGAGAUGCCGUUUGUGUGCGACGAUUGCGACAAAAUGUUUACCAGUCAGGCCUAUCUGAAGAUUCAUUCAGCGGUACAUUCGGAUGAAUUGAAAUUUGUUUGCAAACAUGUCGGCUGCGAAUACAAGUCACGUACGGCUCAGGCAUUGUUCAGACACCAGUUUACCCAUCGACCCAAACGACCGGAACGAUUGAAAAUAGUACACAAACGUAACUUUGUGUGCGAUACGGAUGGCUGUACUCUUAGGUUUCAGGAUCGGGAAAAACGUUUGGCACACAUACGUAACAGACAUACCAACGAAAGGCCAUUCAAAUGCGAUGAAUGUUCGGCAACGUUUGCCAUCGAUCGCUAUCUGGAUGGACACAAACGUAAGAUGCAUACCAAUGCACCGGUAUUGAAGUGUCGACACGAUGGCUGUACGUACGAAACUCGGGUCAAAGAUCGACUCGACUAUCAUCAUCUGAGACACGACGGCAUCAGACAAUUUGAAUGUCAAUUAGACGGAUGCGGUAAACGAUUUUUCGAUCAAAAGACACUCAAUGUCCAUAUGAAAUGUCAUUCGGAUGAGCGUCCGUUUCCGUGCAAUUGGCCCGGUUGUGACAAACGAUUUCGCAAUAAUCAACAAUUGAAAGUACAUUUGGAACGACAUUCGGGUGUCCGAUCCUAUCGGUGUUCACUACCCGGCUGUGACAAGUCGUAUACUACGCAAAAAGGACUGGAACAACAUAGCCGAUCGCAUACCAUGCCCUACCAGUGUACGUGGCCGGCCUGUGAGGCCAGGUUUCAGAAUAGUACUAAACUCAAGGAUCAUAUGAACGGACAUCAGGGUAUCAAACCAUUUAAUUGUCAUUUUCAGGGAUGCGAUGUCAGCUAUAGUAGUAAAGAUUCGUUGAGAAUGCAUUGGAGACAAACACAUAAAUAUAUUAAAACUUACCAUGAUAAAACAUAGAUAAAUA